AUGGCCAGUCACAGAAUCGGCGUCUUUCCUGCCUCGGGAGGCAUUGGCGGUGGCACUGUCAAGCAUCUUCUCCCUCGCCAUCCUGCUAACGACCUCGUCUUUAUCGCUCGCAACCCUGCCAACUUAGACUUUGCGGCAGCUGCCGGAGCAACUGUCCGAAAGGCUGAUUACGACUUCAACGCGAAUCUGGAGCAUGCUUUUGAAGAUAUCGACACAUUGUUUCUCAUUUCGUAUGCUUCAGUCGAAGUGGAGCACCGUGCCGAGCGUCACCGAACUGCGAUCGACUUCGCUAUCCGUGCCGGUGUAAAAUACAUCUUUUACGGAUCUCUAGGAUUCGCCGGCCGCGAAGAUAACAAAAGAUCAGUGGCCCAUGUGAUGCAGCCCCAUUUGAUGACCGAGAAGUAUCUCGAAGAGUGCGUCCGCCAGCAUCCCGGGUUUGAAUACACAGUUGUACGCGAAGGUCUUUACUCCGAAUCGUACAACCUUUACACCGCCUUCUUUGAUCCUCGCAACCCAGUUGAUGAGAUCAAGAUUGCGCAUGAUGGGUCUGGCCCUGGCAUUGCCUGGGUCAAGCGCGAGGAAUUGGGAGAAGGCACCGCCGAGCUCCUGAGACGCUUCGCCGAGAACCCAAAGGAGUUCAAAUUCCGCAACAAAACUGUUCUUCUCUCUGGUACCAAGGUCUUGACUCUUCAAGAGACGGUCGAUAUCCUGGCUAAGCUUGUAAAGAAGCCGGUGACGAUCCGCCAGGUCUCCGAUGAAGAGUUUGGAAGGCAGCCUAAGGUCGGCCCAAACUCCUCACCUACCGUGGUGUUGACUACGGCGCAGCCUGGGCAAGCGCUUUUGAAGCAUUCCGCCUAG